ACGAUGACUUCUACACAGUUUGUCUUCUGGCUAACAUGUUUGUUUUUAGGGGAAACAGUCCAUCUGACAUGGUCCACAUCUGUUGAACAAGAGAGGGGUUUUAUUUCAGCUGAUGUUGGUGAAAACGUGACUUUGCAGUGUUUUUAUAAAGGGAGUGAUUCAGCCUGGCUUUUCUGGUACAUUCAAACUCUAGGACAGAAACCAAGGCUCAUCUCUGAGUUCUAUGUGUUUGAUACGAAAUACACUUUAAAAAAUGAAUUCCAUAACAAUCCACGCUUCACUCUUGAUAUAAACAAACCUUUAAAUCAUUUAAAGAUCUCAGAAGUUAAGCUGUCAGACUCAGCUACGUACUACUGUGCUGCUAGUUAUGCAGCAGUCCUGACUUUUGCUGAAGGUGCCACACUCAGAGUAAAAGAUUCAGGAUCUGGCAUCCCAGCUUCAGUCCAUCAACCAGAAUCUGAGACCAUCCAGCCAGGAGGCUCUAAGACUCUGAGCUGUACAGUACAUACUGGGACCUGUGAUGGAGAACACAGUGUUUACUGGUUCAGAGACUCUGGAGAAUCACAUCCAGGACUCGUUUACAGCGGCGGAGGCAGGAAUGAUCAGUGUGAAAGAAACCCCAACACGCAAACACACACCUGUGUGUACAGUCUGCCGAUGAAUGUAUCCAGUCCUGGGACUUUCUACUGCGCUGUUACAGCAUGUGGAAACGUCAUGUUUGGAAACGGGACCGAAGUAACCGUCGCAAGAGACGAGAACUUUGUGUUGGUGUAUAUCUUGGCUGGAGCUCUGAUGUUCACCACCACCACGGUUGUUUUACUGAGUUUCUUCUUGUACAAGAUGAUCAGACGAAGGAGCUGCCAAUCCACAGAGUCAAGAUUUCCAGCUCCUCCUACAACAAGCACAGCGGGCAAUGGUGAAGAUCCAGACAGUGUCCAUUAUGCGGCGUUACAUGUUAACCAGACCAACAGCUCAAGAAGACAAAGGAACAGCUGUAAGACUGAAUGUGUUUACUCCAGCGUGAGGCAAUGAAACUAAACUUGCUAAAAAUAUUGCAAGUGUAGCUUUAGAAUAACUUCAUAAACUUGGCACAAUAAGUAAGUAAAUAUGUGUUUGAUGGAUCAAUUCUUUGUUGUAACAA